GGAAUCUCAGAACAUGGGAACAAAUCAGAAGCACACACAUGCAGCCCAGCAGGCCAGCCUCCUGCUGAGAGCAGCCCUGCUCUACGUCCUGCUGCUCGGCCCCCAGGAGGGGGCGUCAGACUCAGACGAGGCCGUCCUGACUGAGUGGGAGAUCUGGAAGCUGAGCAACGGGAUCAGCUAUGAUGAACUGGAUGACAUGCAGAGGAGAGUCAUCUGGGAGGAGAACAAACGGAUCAUUGAGGACAAUAAUCAGGGCUUCUUCAUGGGCAGGAGGCCGUUCACCAUGCUCAUGAAUAAAUAUGGAGACCUGACCAGACAGGAGUACCAGGUGCUGCAGGGUGCUGUGAUCGACACUCAGUUUGUGAAGAGAGGGAGGACCGUCUCAGCCCGAAAGCUUCGUAACAAUGCCAAGAUGUUUGACAGCUGGUUUGUGGACUACAGGCAGCUGGGUUAUGUGACCGAGGUGAAGGACCAGGGUUACUGCGGCUCCUGCUGGGCCUUCAGCACUACAGGAGCCAUCGAGGGACAAAUAUACAAGAGGACAGGUCAGCUCAUUUCUCUGAGCGAACAGAACCUGGUGGACUGCUCCAAAUCUUACGGUACCUACGGCUGCAGCGGCGCUUGGAUGGCCAACGCCUACGACUACGUGGUCAGCAACGGGCUGCAGUCAACGAUCACGUACCCAUACACCUCCGUGGAUACUCAGCCGUGCUACUAUGACAGCAGGCUCGCAGUCGCUCACAUCAAAGACUACAGGUUCAUCCCUAAAGGAGAUGAGCAGGCUCUGGCUGAUGCCGUGGCAACGAUCGGGCCAAUCACAGUGGCCCUUGAUGCAGAUCAUUCAAGCUUCCUGUUUUACAGCUCAGGAAUUUACGAAGAACCGAACUGUAACCCGAACAAUCUUAGUCAUGCCGUGCUACUGGUUGGAUAUGGCUCUGAAGGAGGCAAGGACUACUGGAUCAUCAAAAACAGUUGGGGUUCAAGUUGGGGUGAAGGUGGCUUCAUGCGAAUGAUCCGAGACGGCUCCAACACGUGUGGCAUCGCGAGCUACGCUUUAUAUCCUGUUCUGUGAUUCUGAGCGCUAAUGCUAACACCUCCGUUGGACUGACAUCAGGUCAACCUGUUUCAGUCCUCGACAUCUCUGAAGCAUUCCUGUCUCACAUAUUUUCUGAACCCCCUGCUCAAUCUUUCUCAUACUGUAAUGUACGUUCAAAGACUCAUAUCAGCAAUUAACAGUGAACUCAGUGCUUCUCUCAGGGAUGUAGUCUCAAUACACCCUGCUCUGUGGCAACACUUAAAGUAAAUAAAAAUCAUCUUACUUUGGACAGAAGCAGAAACACAUUUCUCCUUGAAAACAAAACAAAAAAAAGCUUGAAAGGUUGAUUAGCUUGUUUUUUCUGUCUUGGUCCGGUUUGACCUGCAGGUUUCUGUGGCUAACUGAAGGUAAUGUUACCAAACGUGUAGUUGUCUAUAGCAGACAUUACGGAAAGACUUCCCUUUACUUUAGGACUCUUGUCCACGUGUGGUACUAUACGACACGCUUAGCAAUCCAGCAAAAUGCUAAACAGCAUGUAGCAUUCUCCCAUAAGGGCCUGUGUCCAUUAAAGCCGUUUUUUUGCGCUGCCAGCGCCUAUUUUAAAUUCAAGUUCAGCGUUUUCAACGCUCAGCAUCCUGAGUGUAAUAACGCCCUCAGCAUCAGCUGUUUUUGGUCAGUGUGUUCACAGCACUAGCUCAACUUUUAGAACAACACAGCGCUCAUCAAUGUCACUUCUACAGUACUGAUCAAUCAAAAUCAAGAGAGCGGGACUUCUGAAAUCAGCCUUGUUAACAACAAUGGUGGGGGAGAAAGUAAUCUGACUCGUCUUUUUGAGGGAUUCGUUUACAUUGUUUUCACAUUUCCUUUGUGAUAUUUCUUUCAAUAUAGGGUGAGAUUAAGCACAAGGAGCUAACAGUAAUUACCAAGGGACGUAGAAGUUCAAUUUCGUAACCUAGCAACAGAAUAAGCAGGUUGUAGGCACUGCCAGAGCAAAAAAAAGCUGUUAAUGACACAGGCCCUUGAAGUGUGGUCACAGCUUUGUUCAAAAAGGUUGAACUAAUCAGGAAAACGGCUCAUGCAUUUGCUUGGGGGGAAGUUAUUAAUCCACAGAUCAUUUGAGUUAAACUUUGAACUGUGACGCUGGCUGUAUUUACCAUGCUGACUUUGUUGCACUGUAAAUAAUCCACUGGUGAUCUUAUAACAGGUCAUGGUUCCCAGGUAUAUGACAGUUUUGCAGGACAAAGUGAUGCGUCCUGAUGUGAACUCAGUGACCGUCACUGAGAGGCGUAUUUUCUUUUACAGAGGAAUCUGCUGGGCCCCCUGUGCAACCACAAUUCAGCGAUGAUCUCUUAAACCCAAACCAUGACAUUUUCAUGAACAUAGUAUCUUGAUUCCUAAACUUAAUCAAACAAAAGGAAAAGAUCAAAGUUUAUGCUCAAAUACUCGUGUA